AUGGAUGAACUUGUGGAGAUAAUGAAAUGUAGGAAGCAACUUUGUCAAUGGGUACUACCCAUAUUUUACAAAGUCAAUCCAUCAGACGUCCGGAAACAAAGUGGGAGCUUUGGGGAAGCAUUUGUGAAAUAUGAGGAUCAAAAGGUGGACAAAAACCAGAUGUCCAGUUGGAGGGCAGCUUUGGCCGAGGCAGGGGAACUAUCAGGGUGGGAUUUAGAUGACACUGAUGGGUAUGAAGGAGAAUUCAUCAAGAAAAUUGUUGAAGAACUUGUGAGUGUAUUGAACCACACAUACUUACAUGUAGCCACCCACCUAGUUGGAAUUGAUACUCGUACAGAAUACAUGAAUUCUCUGUUGAGUGUUGAAAAUAGUGAUGUCCGCAUGGUGUCGAUAUGUGGGAUGGGUGGAAUAGGUAAGACGACAAUUGCCAAAGCUGUUUUUAACUAUUUCUUCCAUAGUUUUGAAUGCAAAAGUUUUCUGGCAAAUGUUAGAGAGAAUUCAAAGCACCAUAAAACACAAAUUUGUUUGCAAAAGCAACUUCUUUUUGAUAUACUAAAGACAGAAGUCAGAGAGGUGGGCAGUGUUGAUCGAGGAAUCGAGGUGAUAAAAAAUAGGCUAUGCAAUAAAAAAGUUCUUCUUGUUCUUGAUGAUGUGGAUCAACUGGACCAACUAAUUGCGUUUAGUUGCGAGUCAGACAGCGCCAGAAGAGAUUGCUUCGGUCUAGGAAGUAGAAUCAUCAUAACAACAAGGAACGAGCAUUUGCUAGAACGUAUUGAAGUAAAUGACAAUUAUAUGAUUGAUGAAUUGAAUGGCAAUGAAUCUCUUGAGCUCUUUAGUUGGCACGCUUUUGAGAGAUGUAAUCCUGCAGAAGGUUAUGCUCAGCUCUCAAAAGAUGUAGUAAGUUACUCCAAAGGAUUGCCCUUAGCCCUUGAAGUUUUGGGUUCUUUUCUAAGAGAGUUCAAAAGCAUAGCUGAAUGGGAAAACGCAUUGGAGAAGUUGAAAAAAAUUCCUCAUUGUAAAAUUCAAGAGCAGCUUAGAAUAAGCUUCGAUGCAUUGGAUAAUUAUCAAAAAAAGAUAUUCCUUGAUAUUGCAUGUUUCUUUACUGGAAGGGAUAAAGACUACGUAACAAAAAUACUCGAUGGCUGUGGUUUUUUUGCAACGAGCAGUAUUAGUAUCCUCAAUCGUAGGUGCCUUAUAACAAUAAACGAAGCUAACAAGUUAAUCAUGCAUGAUUUGCUUAGAGACAUGGGAAGGGAAAUUGUUUGCCAAGAAUCUGUUGACGACCCUGGACAACGUAGCAGAUUGUGGCAUUGUGAGGAUGUCCUUGAUGUACUAACAAAUUGCACGGGAACACACCAAAUUGAAGGCCUUGCUUUAAAUAUGGAAGGACCAAAAAGAGUAGGUUUCAGAGCUGAAGCAUUUGCGAGGAUGCACAAUGUAAGAUUGCUACAACUCAAUUACGUAAGCAUUACAAGAGGCUAUGAACAUCUUUCUAAAAAAUUGAGAUGGCUUUGUUGGCAUGGAUUCCCUCUAAAGUUUAUACCAAAGAACUUUUAUCAAGAGAAAUUAGUUGCUAUUGACAUGCAAUAUAGCAACCUGAGACAAGUCUGGAAGUAUAACAAGGUUCUCAAAAAUUUGAAAAUCCUUGAUCUAAGUCAUUCCCAUUUGCUGACUAGAAUCACUACUGACUUCCUAACACUCCCAAGCCUUGAGAAAUUGAUACUUGAAGAUUGUAGAGGUUUGAAAACGAUUGAUGAAUCCAUUGGAAGUCUUGACAAACUCGUAUUACUGAACCUAAAAGACUGCUCAAAUCUUAGGAAUCUCCCAAGAGGCAUUUGUAUGUUGAGAGCUCUUGAAAUUCUAGUGCUCUCUGGCUGCUUGAAAUUUGACAAAUUUCCAGAGGAGAUGGGUGAGAUCAAAUCAUUAACUGUUCUUCUUGCUGACAAGACUGCGCUAAGAGAAAUACCAGUUUCCAUAGUGCAUUUAAAGAACCUUCAGUAUUUAUCUCUAUGUGGCUGUAAAGGAUCACCAUCCAAGUCACUCCUUUCACUCUUUUCAUCACUGGUGUCACCGAAAAAAUUUCCUGAUUCCACGAGUUUGUUGCCAAAUUCAUUGUUUGGGUUAACCUCUCUGACGAAAUUGUCCCUCCAAGACUGCUAUCUAUCUGAUGGUGCGAUUCCAAAAGACAUUGGGAGCCUCUCCUCUUUAAAAUUAUUGAAUUUAGCGGGCAAUAAUUUUUCAAGUCUACCAGCAAGCAUCAGCACCCUUUCUAAGGUUGAAGUCCUCCUCUUGAACCAGUGUACAGAGCUCCAAUCACUUCCAGAGCUUCCAACCAGUUUGACCUUCUUUUCUGCACUAAAUUCUUCACUGCAAAGAUUGCCGGAUCUAUCAAACUUUUCACACGCACCAAAUAUACUUCUUUUCAAUUGCAGCAAACUAGCCGAGUUUCCUUUCACAGAAAAUCUCCUACAGAGAUGGUAUGGAGGAUAUGGGGGUAAUAACUUCGAUGAGAUUUUAUUCCCUUGGUCUGAAAUUCCAGACUGGUUUGGCCAUCAGAGCACAAGUCACGCGCUGUCAUUUUUGGUUCCUCCAAAUAUGCGUAAGAUGAAGGGCUUGGUUUUAUGUGUCAUAUACGCAGCGCACGACUUCAAAAUUACAGAAACGACUGGUGCAAGAUCGAAAUCUAUUGUUUUUGUCAACAAUGUAACUAAGUGCUUUGCUAAAACCUGUAUUCGUGUUCCAAUUUAUCCUUUAAUAGCCACCCCGCAUGAUCACUUAUCAUUGGGCUAUGUGCCCCUCAAAAAAUUCGAGGUGAAUGGCGGAGAUGAGGUGAGUGUUGCAAUAGAUCCAGGUUGCGAUGCUAUUGUGAAGAAGUAUGGGGUCAUACCGGUGUAUAUUGAAGCUCAGAAGCAUGCGAUAAUGGACAUUAGCGAAGAAGUGAACCAAUUUAAAUCUUCAUCUGAUAAUAAUAAUGCUAUUGUUGUCUUUGAUGAAGGAUACAACCAAGCCGGGAACAAAGGUAAAAGAAAGCGCGAUGAUAAUGAUGAUGAGAUAGUACCCAGCCUUGCAAUCGAUAAGGGUAAAAGAAAAUGUUAUGCUGAUGCUGAUGAUGAUGAGAUAGGAUACCGCAGCCAUUAUUGGUCUUAUGAGGAGCACAAUCUUUCCCUCUAUGAUAUGAUGGUUUUUCCUCAUCAGGAAUAUUAUAGGAGAUUUAUGUGGACAAGUGAUCUUCUAGGAGGAGGAGGUCAUGACGACGACGACGACGAAGAUUUCUUGGAUGAAGAUGAAGAAGAAGAUAGUGAUUCGUCUGAACCAGAUGAUGAAUAUGAUUGA